AACUAUUUUCAUCACAAAACACAGGAAAUCUAUUUUUUAUUUUAUUUUGAGUAGUCAAGUUCAAGGAAGGCGUCUUAUUGUUGUUGACCCAUCCAGAGAGCAAUGAAGUAGAAUCGAAACCAUCUUCUGUUCCAAUCACAACCAAGUUUCUGAUAACUCAAAGAUGCACAGAUCCGCAAGUGCUUCCAGAGUCUCAGAGGACUUGGUUGUGACCUCCUCAUCAACUUCACCGCCACCUUCAACCUUCAAACCAACCACAGACGACUCUUCAGACCAGCAUCUACAUCUACCCACAUACGAUCCCCUCUCUCAUGUCGCAAAGAGGGAACGGCGUCGUAUCAGGUCCGCAGAGAACGCCAUUCACAUCAUACCUCUCCUGCUCGUCCUCUGCGCCAUCAUCCUCUGGCUCUUUUCCAAUCCAGUGAUUCACCUUUUUCUAGAAUGAAGAUUAUCGAGAUUGAGGGCAAUACUGAGUGUUGGUGGAGGAGCAGCUUUCCAUUAAACAAGAGUUGGAGGAAUUUAAUCUGAAUUCAUAAUUUAUGCAUCACUAGACCCACAAGACUAUUGGAGAAGAAAAACUAGCAGGCUCCCUCUUACUCGAGAAGUUCUUGUAAGCAAUUUAUAUGAAUGUGAGAUAAUGUAGACCUAGUUCCGUCUUAUUAGACACCUUGAUUGCACAUAUGCAUAGAAGCUUUGUUGAACUUUGUAUCAUAAUAAUAAAAAAAUAAGCUAUUAGUUUGGUAUUCA